CUAAAGUAAUAUGUAAUGUUCCAACCUCUGUUGACGUCAGAAUUUUUUUGUUUCAUUUUCCCUCUUCUAGCCGAGCUUGCCAGGGUGAGGCGGAACUUUGUGGAAAAGGUGGACAAAGUAGUAAUUAAGCAGCUCCUGGACGACCUUUUAGGUGAUGGUGUCUUGAGUGAUGGCCAGAAAGAUGCGAUACUUGAAGAAAACAAUAGUACAGCAGACAAGGCACGCUGUCUCAUUGACAUAAUAAAGAAGAAAGGAGAUGUAGCCAGCUUGAAGAUGAUUGCUCACCUUUACGCAAGAGAUUCAACACUUCACUCUGAACUGGGUCUGUCCUGCGGUCCACCAGCGCAGCCUGCUGCAGACCAACAGAUGAAUAUAGUCUGGUCCACGACGCUCAUUCCUACCACCGAGGCAUUCUGGAUGGAGAAAGUGAAGGAUGGAAAAACUUACCCUGCAGACAAAAAUUCCAUUAGGAAUCGUGUGGCCCUGCUAAUCACUAAUAUAAAGUUUAAGGGACUAAGUGACAGGAAUGGAGCUGACAAAGACGAGGAGAACAUGGAGAAACUGCUCAAGGCUCUGGGAUACCAGGUGGUAAAAUACACAAACCUCACAGGAAAGAAAAUUGAUGAUGCUGUAAGGGACUUCUCUGAACAUCCAAAACUCAAAGAGACAGACAGUGUGGUGGUGGUUAUCAUGUCUCAUGGGAAACUGGGAAAGGUCCUCGGUUGUGACCAUGAUGAUGAGAACCCAGAUGAGUUCCCCAUCAACAACAUUUACAAACACUUGGACUCAGAGAAUUGUCCAGCGCUGCUGAACAAACCAAAGAUCAUCUUCAUCCAGGCCUGCAGAGGAGAGAAUAAAGGAUCAGUGCUCCUUAGUGACGGUGCAGGGGUCCGUGAUGAUGCGUCACAGCCAGGUCCGCCCCUGUGUGCUGACAACAAAAACAUUGAGGACGAUAAUUCGAGAUGUGUACACAAAGAAAAAGACUUCACUUGUCUUCUUUCCUCCACCCCCGAUACAAUAUCAUUCAGACACAGAGUUGAUGGGUCUUUUCUCAUCCAGUAUAUUGUUGAUGUAUUCAACACCUUCGCCUGUAAGGAACACAUUCACGAUCUUUUCCUAAAAGUCACGCACCGCUUUGAAGAGCAUUUCAUUGAAGGCCAGAUGCCGAACAUGGACAGAGUCUCUCUAACAAAGCACUUCUACUUCUUUCCAGGCCUCUAAGGGCAGGAUUCACUGUUGUUUAACACAGAUUUGUAGCCACAUUUUAUAUUAUCUUGCAAUGUUUUUUGAAGUUAGCUACUUGGUAAAUUGAUCAAACUUUUGGAUCAAUCACUGAAUGGGCCUGCCGGGCGAGGGCCAGUGACCCAAGUGACAGAAAAAAUAUGCCAAUAGACACAAAUU